AUCUGGCCUGGAAGGCUUGAGGGCUUGUCUCUACUCUGAAAAGCCCUUAUGCCUCUUCUUGCUCAAAGGCCUCAGGUCUUCCAGCGAGCAGCUCCUGGUCCCCGGAACGUCCCUUCUUCUGAGAAGAGGCUUUGGCCUAGCCUGAGCCAGCCUGGGAGGUCUCCCCAGUUACAGUUUUGCCGCCCUGCUCUGAGCUUUGCCUGGAGAGCACUCACCACACUACUAUCGCCUCCCCUCACCUGCUGGCGCAUCGUGCUGGUUCCACCUUUGAGCCACAUCCCCGUCUGGUCCCUUCUUGCAUCUCUUCUUCAUCCCUGCUCUGAGCCACCAUUGGCUCUUGCCCUCUAACUGCUGCCCCACACUCUGGCCAGUGAGCGGGUCCUUCCCAAGAUAGGUAUCAGACCACAUCACUCUGCCUGCCACCUGCCAGGGGGCAGGGUGGUUCUUCACUCUCAGAACAAAUUUUACUUCUCCAUGUGACCCCCGCUCCCACCCUCAUAGUGAGACCCUGCCCACCCGUGGGGCCCUCCGUGUUUCCACAGCCCUGCUGUUCUCCCAGCAGCACUCCUCCGGCCCCCCUCCUGGACGUUUGACCUGGCUCUUCCUUGGCUGGAGUGUCCUCUGUCCCAGUGCUUUGCACAGCUCCACCGUUGCCUCCUCGGGGCCUGGUGGCUCUGUCCACCUGCCUUUCUGCAUCCGUUGCCCUGUGCUCACAGUACAUUCUGUAGGCUUAGAGACCCACAUCCCCUCGAAUGUCUGCUCCCUGGGGCAGAGCUUUGCCGUGGUAGCCCUGAUUUGCUCCAGCAAAUACCCCAACACAUAGUCUGUGACAGGAUUUUGAGGGGACCUGGCCUGACCUAGAGGCUUCUGGAAGAGCCUGAUGCACUCUGCUGGGUGGGGAUCCCCCUUUUCCUCACUGUAUUUAAUGGCAUGGUCUGGGUAGAGAAACAGAGGCAGGCAUGUUGGCAGUGAAUCAGCCCAUUAGAGUAGAAGCCAGUGAGCAGUGCUCUUCUGCGUGUGCUUCGUGUAGUUAAUGAACAGGAUCUCAGCCCUGUGUGCUGAGGACGGGAAACGGCCAGCCGCUCUCCCUGUCCAGCUGCCUUCAGUGGGGAGUGGGGGCCGCGGGGUCCCCACUGCCGGCAGAGCCGCCUCCCUCCUGUGGUAGCCGCUCCGCAGCUGUGCAGCGGAGCUCUUAACACUUGUUAACCCCAAGUCUCCAGUCUCUUCCUCCUGCCCCCUCCCCUUCCCCAUUUCCCUCCAGGGAGGGCUACUCAGGAUUCACAGAACUCGUCCCCCACGGCUAGGAGAGCGCUUCCCCAGCAUUCCUCGUCUGCGGAGCAGGAGCGGGUGUUGGGGCGCCGCCAGCGCGGUUUCAGAGCCCCGGCUGACCGGCCAGUGGCUGAUUCCUUCGCACACACCACCUCACCGCACACUGAAAAUAUUGUGAUUCGGGAGGAAGUAACCGGCACCUUUGGGGAAUCGCAGACCUUUCCUGUGAGGGAAGCAGCUUCCGGAAUUGAACAGCUCAGCCUAGAGGAAAUCUUGAGGGGCGGACCUUUGGGGUUUUAAAGGCCUCGAGGGGGGUCACCCGAGAUCGAGAUCGAGGCUGAAGAUGUUUUCUGACGCCACAACUGCAGAAUUCCACAGGGGUCAGAGACGGAUCGGGUGGGAGCGGGCUGGGCUGCAUAUCCGGAGAGCUGUCCUCUCCAUGGGAUGUUCGAAUUUGAAGCAGCCUGCUGGAGGAAGCGGGAGCAGAGAGACCCGAUCUCCAGAAUCUACUGAGAUACUGGAGUUGCGAGUAGGGCGGUCUCCCGAGGUGGGGUUGAGGAGGUGGCGCUGUGUCCUGGAGGCGGCAGGCACGUGAAGGAGCCCCACUGAAGCCCCCCGAGGCAGCCCCCACAUAGAAAACUGACAGGACUGUGUUUGAAAGUUGUAACUGUGUGCUUGCCUCGGUGAAAUCUGGUGGGUUUUGGGAUGGUGUCUCUUGCUCUUUUCUCCCCCUCUCUGUCAUGCAAGGCGGUGAGGCAGGGCAGUUGGGAGCACGCUAAUGUUUACGCUCCACGUGAGUCACUUACAGAAGCAAGAUGUGGUGUUUUUCUUGCUGAGGCUGAUGGCAUCGCACGGCCCUGCAGCCCCAGCCUUGGGCUUGCUUCCAGCAUUUUAGCAUUUAGAGUUGCUGAACUUUCGCAGUGGGGGACACGAGGAGCUUGCUGACCUUUCGUGGGGAGCCGGCUGUCUUGUCACAGGCGGGCAGGACUUAGGCUGGGUACCGCCACUACCCACUUGCUGCACAUCGCCCAGCUUGGACUUCCGCCCUGCCCCCCACCCCCGUCCCCCCUCCCAUCCCCAGAGUAGAAAGCCUGUGUGCAGGCAGUGCAGGGAGAGGCGGCAGCUGGAGAAGCGGUAACUCCCUGGUGGUUUUUUUCAGAGGCUCAUCUGGAACGUGGUGGACAGGAGCCCUGGACCAGAGUCUUCUGACAUUGAAGGUCCCCUUUGGUUAUGAGUGCCAGAAAUUCAAUUCUCUGCCUUCAGUUAGAAAAUAAAAGUUCAUUGUUCACAUUAAAAGAAAAAGUUCAGGGAGAGUUCUAGUUUUAGGUACAUUGAGAUUCAAGUCUGAGAUGAUUCCCUUGGACUCUGUGACUCCUUUCUCUCGGCUCUGCCUUCCCUCCUGGUUCUGCAAGGUGACCUGGCCUUGCAACCCCAGGGGGAACACUAAUCUCCAUUCUGAUCCCUCCAGCAAAAGUCCCAGGGAAGGCUCUGAUUGGAUCACACGGGUCACACCCCGAUCCUGUGGCCAGGGAUCUGGGAGGCUCUGAUUGGUCGUGAGUCUCCCUUUUCAACCCAGUGAUGGGGUCUCCUGAUUCCUACCCCUGGGGAAUAGGAGGUUCCCUGAGGAAAACAGGAGGCCCUUAUCAGAAGAGGGGAAGGAUGUUGGCACCCCUAAAAUGAUAGCAGUCAUGACAGGCCUCUUCCCAUGCCUCAAUCUGUGCUGCUGUUGGAAGGGCCAGGCUGAGCCAUCUCCGUAUCUGCAUCUGCCUGUGCCUAGCCCAGCACCACUGGUCGUGAGCAUGUGCCGUUUGGUAGAACUGUCUCUUUUGGGCCUCAGCCCCUGUCCUUCCAGGUGAGGUAGCCGGGCUGGACACUGAGAUGCUGGAAUUUGGCAGUGCUGGAAUCGCACUGGGUUUAUUGAUUGAGUGAUGCUUUGGGCCACGUAGUCAUGCCCCUACUUGCCUGACCUGUAGAGUGAAGAGGUUUUGCUUAUUCGAGUGGCUCCAUUUCCAAGCCCAGUGCCAUGUGAGGGGAUGGGCUCUGCCUGGGAUCAGCCUUGUGUCAGUGGGUGGGAACAAAAUAGGCAUGGCCUCAGCCUGAGCCUGGUUCACUAGCUUGUCCCUGCCCCUGCCUCACAUGGAGGCUGUGGAGAACCCUGGCUGGGUCAGGAGGGCAAGCAUGGCCAUAGGGGAGACCUUCUCCUUUCUGAAGGCUUGGAGGGUAACAUGGCAGAGGUGCAUGGAGGAGCUGGCGGACUUGGAAGUGUGGCAUAAGGAGGAAGGUUGGGUCGGGGGACAGGAGGAGUCAGCCCUUCAAUAUGGGGAACAGUAUGAACAAAGUGUGGAGGUCAGACAUUCUAGAAAAAAAUCCUGCUGAGUGCUUCCUGGAUUGAGCCCAAAGGAUAACAUACCCAGUCCCAGAACUUGGACCAGAAGGUUGCGUGGAGGGGAUGAAGAGAGCAGAUCUCUGCGGUAUAUAUCUGCAGCGAGCAGAGAUAUGAGUCAGGCUCCAGCCAGCCCAUGCUGCCACCUGGUAACCGUCAACCAUCCACCUGGCACCUCACCCAUCCAUCUACCCACCUUUCCACCCACCUAUCCAUCCGUCCAUCCAUCCAUCCCUCCGUCUACUUACCUACCCACUCACCCAUUCAGCCAUCUAGUCAGUGGGCAUGACAGCUCUGAGCACGUGGUGCCAGGUGCUGGGACACAGCAGGAGACGGAACCUGCCCUGUCCUUCCCUGGUGAGGCUCCUGUUUCAGCCUUGGAGAGCUAGGCUGGAAACGGAUGGUGCACCAGACAGAGCACUGAGAGGGAAGGCAAAUAGAGCUGGGCUGGGGUCAGAGAGACACAGGGGCCCGGGUGAGGCUCUUGCAGGGUGACCUGGCAGAGUGGGAUUGUGUCCCUCCUAGUGGCUGGAGGGUUGGUGGGAUAGUCCACAUCCUUGUCCUGCCUGCAUCGAGGAGCCACAUCCUGCCCUUCCUGCUGGCCAGCUUUAUAUGCAGUCAUGGUUCAGUGCCCUUGGUGAGUGGUCUCAGCCCAGCUUUGGUCUCCCCAUCUGUAUCAUGGAAGUGAUAUGGGGCCUACCCAUCUGAGGCUACAGAAAGGCCGGCACUAGCCAGGGCCUCUUGUGUGCUGUGUGGCCUUGGGUGGGUGCCCGAACCUCUCUGUGCUUCAGUGUCCCCAUCUUGAUAAUAGUGGUAUCCUCCUUUCCAUAUUGCCCACCAGGAGGUGAGCUGGGAGCCACAUCUGCACAACCCUGGCCCACAGCCCUGCAUGGAGUAGGUGCUCAUUCUGCAGGGCAGGGAGGGGUAAAGGUACGGUGAAGGCAGAGAGCUUGCUGCUGGUGAGGGAGGUAGGGUCUGGAGGUCCACUUUUCUUUCUAGGCUUGAGAAAUGGCCAGAGUGGGACAGGUUGGGGAUUGGAGGAGUGCUGCUCCUGGGUCUUCCUGUCCAUCAGCAGUGGCUAGGUCCCUGGAUGUCCUAGGCUUAGUCAGAGGCUGGUGUGAUGGCACAGGGCCCAGGCAGGGGGUCACAGCCCAGCUUGCGGGACACUGGGCUGACAGUGGCCCAUGAAGAAGGAGGCUGUGGAGGACCACGGGGCACUGAGGUAGGAGAGUGAUGGGAUUCAACAUUGUUGACUUGUGCAGGUGGGAGAUGGGCAGUGUCGGCAGAGUUCUGAUUGUGACCCAGUGAAUAUUUGGGGAAUGCAGGCCUCCAUGUGGUUUGUCCCUGUCAUAGAAGAGCGGGACAUCCGAGCUGGCAGCGCUUGCCUUGAGUGGAGCUGGCACCUAGACAAGUCCGGGCUCUGUGGACAUGGAAUCUUGGGCGGGCUUCUGGGUGGGCUCGACGGGGCCUCGUUGUGAGGCUUGUGCUGUGUGGGGGCACACCCCAGCCACUACUCCCAGCCCUGAAGAGUUCACUUCUCGGGAUGCCUGGGUGACUCAGUUGGCUAGGGUCUUGCCCUCAGCUCAGGUCUUAAUCUCAGGGUCAUGAGUUCAAGCCCCGUGAAGCUUUACUUCUCUCACCAUGCUGGGUUCUUGGUCCUUGGGAGGGUUCGGGAUGGUUCUUUCAAGGUAGAUGGGGGUUCCAGAACCUCUGCCUGCCUGUCUUGAUGACCUUUCCACCCUUAGGCUCCCCAGCUGUCACGUGGGGGCUCUCUGAGUUGCCAGCCCCCGGGCCCUGCAGGGGGCAUGGUUACUUCCUACUGGGAACUCUUUGACACCCCCUCUCUUCUGUCACCCUGUCACUGUUUGGUGAGCCCAGACAGGCAGGAGCCAAGGACAUACACGUAGGGAGAUGGCUGCAGUGGUGAUGCCAUGAAGAAGGUGAAGUGAGCAAGUGUGGCCUGGGGCUCUUUGCAGGACCCUGGGAGGGCGUCUUCAUAGGCAGCGUGUUUCCAGGAUGGACUCAGAGGGCUGUGGCCGUGCCCACGCCUCCGGUACUUAGAGGCAGGUUGGGUGGGAGGGAGCGGAUGAGACUCUGCCCCUGUCCAUCGGCCUGGUGCACCUGCCCUCCUGGCACAGAUCCACUCAUGGGUGCACAGAUAAGCUUUGGCUCUGGGCCUCCUGUUGAAAAUUAUCUCAGAAGAUGUGGGGGAAAAAAACAGCAUGAUGAGCAGGAAUGAGAAAUAAACAACCACUGAUGGCAUAGAGAGGGCCCAGGCUCGGUGGGGCGCAUGGGAUCCAGGGGCCCUGGCUGGAUUUCUUCUCUCCCUUUCUAGGUCUUUGUCUCUCCCCCCCCCCCCGCCGGCUGUCUGUCUGCGUCUGUCUGGGUCUCAGUCCCUUGCUCUCUGAGUCUUUGUCCCCCUGGAUCUCUGCUAGUGCUUUGGUGUCCUGGCCUGUGGGGCCACUGCAGUGAGGACCUUCUUCUGCUGCUGGGCUCCAUGCUUGUCCACUCAGAAGCCCUGGUCUUUUGUCUGUUCUCCUGGGAGCCCAGGGAUCAAGCCCUUAUCAGGAGGGACAGCCCCAGGCAUGGGCCUGUUGCCCUGCGAGGGGUGAGGAGGGCGGGCCUGCCUCUGGUGAGCAGUCCCAAGAGAAAGCACACUGACGUGAGUGUGGGGGCUGCCGGCCAGCCUGAACAUUUGAGGGCCCGUGCAAGGUGCCAGAACAUGGUGAUUCUAUCCUUUGGGCUGGGAGCACAGUACCCGGAGCUGUGAAAUAUUGUGGUAACCGUGGCAACAGUAGCUGGGGGUGUCUGCCUUUGUUGGGCAUAUGGGACUCUGGUUCAGAUGCACUUUUACCCACGGAGCUGCGUGCCUAGGAGCCAGCGCCUGGGGCUCACCAGUCAGCAGGUUGUGGUAGAGCAAGAAGUAAAAGCCAGUGCUGGAGCUGCUUGCGACUGGAGGGGCUGUCCUGGGCCUCAGUUUCCCUGUCUUGGAGUGGGAUUCAUGAAGUUGCAUGCGAAGAACCACGCCUGGCCACCCAGCACACACUCAGUCAGUGGGCCUGCCUUGUUAAGAGUCAGAGGUGGAUGGGAGGGAGAAGGCAGAGAAGUUUCCAGUAUGGCUGGAGGACAGGGGGUAGGGGGAGGGUGUUGUGUGAAAUAGGGCAGAGGGGUGGACCAGCUGGCCGCCAGAGCUUCUCCACCCACCCCGCCUCUGGGUUCUGUCUCCCUCCCUGGGUCUCUAUCCCCCUUUUUCUGGUUUUCUGUUUGCCCCCCCUUUCUCCGGUCUCCCUCCCCACUUCAUUCUGGGUCUCUGUCCCCUCUCUCUCCUGUGAAGUGCAGCAUCUUCCCUGCUGGUGCAGCCGGGACCCUCGGGUGGAGUGGCCUGGAGCUCCCUGGUACGACUUCGGCCGGGGUGUGAGCCAACCAGCUGUGCUGCGCUGCUGUGCUCCAUCGAGCCACAUGGACAAUAAAACCAAAAUUGGCUUUGAAAGUGGAAGUGCUCUCCGUUUUGAGGGGAAGUGAGGGAAUUUGCAUGUCAGAACAGUAUGUUAAAGGGGCAAUACCGUCAGACUCUGUUCUGGCCCGAGCUUUGGGCUCCAUGUGGGGGUGGGAAAGGAUUUUACAAAACCCCAAAGAAAUGUUUCCAUGAAAUUCUUUCUUGUUCUUGCCUUGCCUUUUUUUUUUUUCUCAACAUUCCAAUGAAAAGAACUGUUCCGGGGCUUCAGAUCUCUCCUGUAGGGUUGAGAAACCAAGCAUGGAGACCAGGGCCAGCAGCCAGAUGAAGGCAGGACUUGGGGAGCACCCACCCCACCAGGUGUCGCUUCCAGGGCAGCCCCCACUUCCACUGUGGGGCCCUGUCACUGGGGUACGGGAACCGCAGUUGGUGUGGCCCUGCCCUUCUUGUGGCCUCCCCCACUUGGACAUCUUCUCUUGGGCUGGGUCCCCCUAAAGCAGACCCUCAAACAAAGAUUCCAGCCCAUGGUGUUUUGGGGGUGACCCCACGAAGGACUGGUGUUUUGGGGGAAAGGAGCCCACACGGGGCUGCCAACCAGGAGCUGGAGACAACAUGGGCAAAGGCCUUGGCUGUCUGAGGACCCCCAGGGGAUUGUGGACGUCUUGCCAUGGGUGGUCCACUCAGGGGUCUUUACCCUACCCAGUCCCACUUUACAUUAGCCCUGGUGUAGGGGAAACUCCAAGGGACGCAGUGGCUGUGUCCCCAGGUCCAGCAUAGGCCUGGACCUGGCCAGGGGUGCCUAAUGACAGUGAUAGGGGAUGCACUAUGGGAGUAGGGGGUCAGGACAGCCUUGAGCCCAGGCCAGGCCUGAGGGGGCACGCAUAGCCCCUCAGAGGCCAGAUCCAGGCCAAGGGUGCAGCUGGGGCGGCAGUAAGCGGCCUCCAGAGACGUCCUGACCCGGCUGCUGACGCAUUGGCUCCGAUGACUCAGUGCGGGUGACCGUGGCUCGGGUGGCCGUCUGGAGACUCGGACAGGCUCAGGGCUGCCGCCGCCGCCUUCCUGGGGGCCCGUGGCCCCGCCGCGCCGGCCGCCCCCUGUCUGGGCUGGCCUGAGUAAUGGGUCCUUCCCUUAGUCAUCGGUCCCAGGCCUCAGCCCUCCCUCCUCCUCCUGCCCACCUCCGCCCAGCCGAGCCUGUCUGUCCUGGGGACUCCAGCCCCUGCUGGCUUCCUUCCUCCUUCUCUGAGCUCCCCAGAGGCUGUGAGGUGUGUGGGGGGUUUUGAUGGGGGCUUCAGGGACAACUGUGCCAUCUGUGAGAUGAGAGGGGAAAAACAACCUCUUGGGUACUGUGAGCCUUGCCAGGGGCAUGAGGAGAAGGGCCUGGAGGAGGACGAGCAUGGCUGACAAAAAUGGAGCUCUCAAGUGCACCUUCUCAGCGCCCGGCCAUAGCACCAGCCUCCUGCAGGGCCUUGCUGCCCUCCGUGCCCAGGGCCAGCUGCUGGACGUUGUACUCACCAUCAACAGAGAGACCUUCCACGCACACAAGGUGGUCCUGGCCGCCUGCAGCGACUACUUCAGGGCCAUGUUCACGGGUGGCAUGAGGGAGGCGAGCCAGGACAUCAUCGAGCUGAAGGGUGUGUCCGCCCGUGGCCUACGGCACAUCAUCGACUUUGCCUAUAGUGCCGAGGUGACGCUAGACCUGGACUGCGUGCAGGAUGUGCUGGGUGCGGCCGUGUUCCUGCAGAUGCUGCCCGUGGUGGAGCUGUGCGAGGAGUUCCUUAAGGCCGCCAUGAGUGUAGAAACCUGCCUGAACAUCGGCCACAUGGCCACCACCUUCAGCCUGGCCUCGCUCAAGGAGUCCGUGGAUGCCUUCACCUUCCAGCACUUCCUGCAGAUCGCGGAGGAGGAGGACUUCCUGCACCUCCCGCUGGAGCGCCUCGUCUUCUUCCUGCAGAGCAAUCGGCUGCAGAGCUGUGCAGAGAUCGACCUGUUCCGUGCAGCGGUCCGCUGGCUGCAACACGACCCAGCCCGGCGGCCGCGCGCCAGCCAUGUGCUCUGCCACAUCCGCUUCCCGCUCAUGCGCUCGUCGGACCUGGUGGACAGCGUGCAGACGCUGGACAUCAUGGUGGAGGACGUGCUGUGCCGGCAGUACCUGCUGGAGGCCUUCAACUACCAGGUGCUACCCUUCCGGCAGCAUGAGAUGCAGUCCCCACGCACGGUUGUGCGCUCCGACGUGCCCUCCCUGGUGGCCUUUGGGGGCACGCCCUACACCGACAGUGACCGCUCUGUGAGCAGCAAGGUGUACCAGCUGCCUGAGCCGGGUGCCCGCCACUUCCGGGAACUCACCGAGAUGGAGGUGGGCUGCAGCCACACGUGCGUGGCUGUCCUCGACAACUUUGUGUACGUGGCCGGGGGCCAGCACCUGCAGUACCGCAGCGGCGAGGGCGCGGUGGACGCCUGCUACCGCUACGACCCGCACCGGAACCGCUGGCUGCGCCUUCAGGCCAUGCAGGAGAGCCGCAUCCAGUUUCAGCUGAACGUGCUGUGUGGCAUGGUGUAUGCCACGGGUGGCCGCAACCGGGCGGGCAGCCUGGCCUCGGUGGAGCGGUACUGCCCGCGGCGCAACGAGUGGGGCUACGCCUGCUCUCUGAAGCGCCGCACCUGGGGCCACGCAGGUGCCUCGGCGGGGGGCCGCCUCUACAUCUCCGGAGGCUACGGCAUCUCCGUAGAGGACAAGAAGGCGCUGCACUGCUACGACCCUGCCACCGACCAGUGGGAGUUCAAGGCACCCAUGAGUGAGCCCCGCGUGCUCCAUGCCAUGGUGGGGGCUGGCGGCCGCAUCUAUGCCCUUGGGGGCCGCAUGGACCACGUUGACCGCUGCUUUGACGUGCUGGCGGUGGAGUACUACGUGCCUGAGACGGACCAGUGGACCAGUGUGAGCCCCAUGCGGGCCGGCCAGUCGGAGGCUGGCUGCUGCCUACUGGAUAGGAAGAUCUAUAUUGUGGGGGGCUACAACUGGCGCCUCAACAACGUCACGGGCAUCGUGCAGGUGUACAACACGGAGACGGAUGAGUGGGAGCGCGACCUGCACUUCCCAGAGUCCUUCGCAGGCAUCGCUUGUGCCCCUGUCCUGCUGCCCCGGUCAGGGACCAGGAGGUAGCUCCUGGCACCCCUGGGAGCCGGGCCAGCCUCAGGCUGUCUCUGUAAGGUGUGUGCUGAGCGCACACUGGGGCCGAGAGCCACAGAACCACCCCUGGUCUGUGGCUGACGUGGUGGGGGCUGACGCCUUGGGGCCUGCUGCAUUGAUAAGGCCCCCUCCUGGGGUCCCUCCUUCUUUCCCAGAGCAGAUCCUGGCUUUGUGCCCACUGAGGGAGGCUGCCAGCGAUGAGGCUGACGUGUUGUGGCAGCAGAGUCACACCUGAGGAGGUUUCUUUACCUGCCCCAUGUCCCCACUCGGAGGGAAUCAGGGUCUCCUUUGAGAUGUGGUUUUGUGGCUUUGCCCCACUUCUCUCCUCUCCCAGCUUGGGGGCCUCAGACAUUUGGAUAUGAGCUCCUUAACGUCAAUCCCCAAAUCCCUGGUUUGCGCCCUGCCCCACUCCCAAGUUUCUUGCACCAUCUAUUUUUUUAAAAUAAACACCACCCCCAAACUCUAACAUAUGGACGUCCAGGAGCUGGUGAGGUGGCAGGGAAGCACCCAGCUCAGGGUUGACCUCAAGGGUGGGCAUGUUUCUGCCUCCAACAAGUCCAGGCUGCUAGGGUGGGUGGGAGGGUGGCCUUGGAGGAGUUUCUCAUUUGUCUCCAUGCCUGUUCUCAGUCCCAAUACCUUUGGUAUGUGCGGUUGUCCACUUUCAGAAGGAAAAAACAUGCCCAGCUCUCAGAGACGGUCGUCACAAUUGUCCAGCCUUCCAUUUGGCGCUGGGUGUCUUGUGGGGCCUUGAGGAGGAACGGGCUGAGAUGGCCCCGUUACCGUCCUUGCCCCCUGGUUCAAGGGGGACACCUGCUUUAGAACUCACAGUGUGUCUGCAUUCCUACAGGUCUCAUACUUUUUAUUUCCCUCCCUUUCUCCAGCCCUCCACUCCUGCCUUGUCCCGUGUGCUGGUUGUCGUGCCUCUAGGCCUGCCUGGGCCCCCUCAGCAAGGGAAGUCAGGCGAGUGGUGUGGCCUGUUCUUUUAAGGGCUUCGCGACAUCUCUGGCCACAUCUGUUUCGGUGUCAAAGCUCUAAAGCUGUUCAUUUUUAUUAUUAUUUUUUUUUUGGGUGGGAGGGUUCUGUUUUGCUUUUUUUAAGACACCGGCAUUACUGUCUUAUAAAUGGGAUUUGUACCCUCGGGGCAACUUAAAGUGUCUCUUGCUGCUAAUGCACGAUUGAUGUUGAGUCUCUGUGACCCACUCACCGUGUAAAGAAUUAACCUCCUAUCUUAGCAGAUGUCAUCUCCUAGUAUUUUCCUUCAUUUAAUAAAAAUGUUUUGGUGAAAAGAUGGAGCAGGCCCAGUGCUGAGCUUGUGGGGCCUGAUGGGUCACAGAUUCCUCAUGUCCUCUAUGUGGUUAGGGGCUCCCCUCCCCUCUUUGCCCUUUUCUAGCAUUGUGGGGGAGCAGGAAGGGGGGCUGGCCUUUGGCUCAGGGGUGUGGGUCAGUGAGAGGUAUGGCCAGAACUCCUACUGGGUGCCUGGAAGACAGAGGGCAAAUCUGUCCUGGGCUGGGUGGCCUUUGGAGAGACUCUCUCCAGGUUGUUCCAUGGGCCCGGUGGCUUGGCCCCUUGCCACCAGUCAGCCCCCAGCUCCUGGCAGGUUGUCUCCAUCUGCUCAGUCCUGGGGUGUGAGAUGGGGGAGCUGGGGAGCCCCUCUCCCUGGAGGGCAUGGUGGGGGAGACGCAGGGCAGGUCCUAAAAGAAACACGAAGUCAUCACCGUUCCAUAUGGGCGUAAGAGCUCUGUGAAUUGCCCCCAACCCCUGCUCCCGUGGCUGGCCUCGCCGCGAACUGGGCUGUACGUUGGUGGAGAAAGCUUCCUGUUCACAGACAGCUUUCUGAGAGGCGAGGUGUCCAGGGUCACCCUCAAAACGCACCCUCAGGCCUGGUGCUCCUGUACAGCGGCUAUCGGGGCCCCAGAGGAAGGCUGGAUGUGUGGGUGGGGGGCAGCGUUGAAGUAAAAACUUGGUUGGGAACCGGGAAGGAGCCCAUGCUGCCAGGGGCAUUGAAACGAAAGCAGGAGCCCUUGGGGACUUACCAGAACAUUCCAGUCCCUUUUCAUCCCCCCCCCAACCUGAGCUCCCCCAAGGAGAACCCUUCCCUGCUAAAGGCAUGGCCCCUUCAGGGGGGCAGUGAGAAUCUUUUGCCAGCUGCAAGUCCCCCCAGAUCAGCUCACACCUCAGAACAUCUUGUCCCCAAUGAGCUGGCAGGGGUGCCGGCGAGGGGGGUGGGGUUCGGAGGGGCUCUGCCGUAUCUAACCGGGUCGAUUGUGCAUAACCGUCUGGGCUGGUUCAUGGAAUGUUCUCAGGGGCCCCCUGCCCCUCCCUCUUCACCACCACCCCCCCCCCCCGCCGGAAGAAAGGAAAAUUAUUUUUCGUAUUGUAAACUUUAAACACGAAAAAGCUGUUUUUAAUUUAGCAGAAACUGGCUUGAAUCUUCACUUUGUGAACGUUUGUGUCCUUCAGAGAAAGGCGGAACAUGCCUUUGCACACACAUGCUUAUACAAAUGCACGCACAGGCGUAAGCUCACAUGAACACCUGCACUCACGCACUGUGACAUGCACACUCACAUGGUCACAACUGGUGCUCACACGGAGCCUUGCUCAGAUGCCCAACGACAUGCUCACGUGCUUGCUCACACAAACACACACUCACCCUUGGACCAGCCUGGGCCUCUCUGCAGAGCACCCUGAAGGGGUCUCGAGCCUGUCACCUCAUCUCCUCCCUUUACCUUCCAUCCUGGGCACUGGGGCCAUGAAUGGCCAGCCACUGCAUCUAGGGACUGAACUUGGGAAAGCCCGUCUGCUUCCAGAUGGCCUGCUUCCCCACCAAGGCCCUGGAUGCAGCCGGCAGGAGCCUCCCUCCACACCUGGGCUCGGGCUGUGGGAAAACACUGUCUCCGGGGACGGUGGGAUUCAGGCCCGCUAGAGGCAGGCCAAAUGUGACUUCUGGGGCCUCGCAGCAAGAGAGGCCAAGGGGGCCUCCGGGGAGCUGUGUGAGGUGGGAAUCUGCCCCGGACCUGGCCAGCUUGGAAACCUGCCCCUGGCUUUGUCUCCAAGAACGUAGCUCCUUCUCCUGUGUUCCCACAGGCCCUGGAGAUUUUGCUUCUCAUGGUGCAGACUCGGUGCACGGGUUUUAUUAGGGGCAUCUGGCCUUGGAGGCACGGUCCGAAUGUUCACCACACAAGCGAGAGGUCCUGGGCUGGGGAGGUGGGAGCAGAGCUUCAUCCACUCCAUGGUCUGUGGGUACCAUCUGCCUGUGGACCCCACAAGCAAGAGGGCCAUGAAGCCAUACUCCUGCCUACAGCAAGGCCCCAGCUUACAUCUUGUGGCUGACCCUGGUUAUUGCCAUCCCGGCAGCCAUUUCUCCUUCCUUGCCAACAGAGCCCUGAUUUGGUGCCAGCAGCAGCGUGCCCAGCCUCGGGGGUUAAUUUAGGAUUUGGCUGAGCCAUUCUUGGCAACGCCUUUUGCCGGGGUUGUUUUUGAUUUGGGCGUUUCCCAGAUCUGGCCAGCAAGCUUUAAGGGGAGGUCUGGGGUGGGGGUUUCUGGACAAGAGAGAGGCCUUAUUGCCCCCUUCUCUCCCUUACUGCUUCCUUUGAGGACACGAUGCCAGGAGCUUCUGCAGCCAUCUUGUGGCCAUGAGGAGCAAGUUAAGUGAGGUGUAGAGAUGCCGCCUCCCAAAGCCCCCAAAUCACAGGGCCACCUGUCCCACCCUGGAAACCUCUGACUGCCAGACUCCUUUUUAUGAGAAAUCACAAUGCCUGUGUUGCUGAAGAUACUAGUGGUCAGAUAUUCUGAUACUUGUAACUCAAACAGUUUCAAAAUUAUAAAUGUAACAUGCUGGGGAUUGCCCAUCUUAUAUAAACCAGGGUUUUUAUUGCAAGCAACAGAAACUGCCUCAGGCUGAUUUAAAUGGCAAAAAUGUGCAUUGGAAGGCUGUUCAUUUCCUUACAAAAGAGGCAGGAAGGCUGGAAAACCAGGCUCAGAAAACAGUAGAAACGUAGGGGGCGAGGCAGCCAGGGCAAUCAGCUGAAAUCAUGCCGGGGAACUGGUUGGCGGGGACACUUUUGCCAUCACCAUGGACUCCAGAUGCCUCAAUUGGCACUGCCACCUGCCCUUGGCACUCAGCCACAGCUGCCCCUAAAAACCAGAUGCCCAUCUCGAUGCUGCUUCUUUGCACCACUUGCUCUGAGUGCAAAUAUCCUGUUGGCCUAGCUCACAUCCUGUAUCAAUGCUGUAGCUGCCCAGAGAGUGGGGAAAAGGACGACCUAAAGUGUGUUAGCUGCCACUGCUGGGUAACAAACAGCCCCAUGUCUCAAUGGCAUGCAAAAACGGAUGUUUGUUUCUCAUGUGUCUGUGACUGAGCUGGAGGGGGCUUGUUCUGGGCUGCCCUCGGCUGGGCAUGCUCUCUACUCCGGGUGGAGUAGCCAGGAGUCUCAGACCCACCUGUCCCACAGCCUUGGACUAGCAGCUGACCAGCAUGCUCUACAGUGCUACCAGAGGACAAGUGGAAUCACGUGAGUCUUCCAAGGUCCCGAUUGGGAAACAUGUGAUGUCUCUUCUGCCUGUAUGCCUUUGGCCGAAGCAGAUGACAGGGUCAAGUCCAGAAUCAGGGCUGGGGACGUAUCUUCAAACUUAAGAAGGUAGACCUGCAUAGGAGUGUUGCAAAGGCCGGAACACAGGAACAAAGGGGGACAGAGAGGCCCAUCAUUUGAUCAGUCAUACCAGUGGCUUUGAGGCUUGUUAGUGGGGCCUAUUUGACACUGAGGACUCCCCAGACUUGGACAGGGACUCAGACACUGGGCCACCAAAAAGAAAAGCCAGCUCCGUGACUCCUGCAGCCAAUCUACCCCCUGGUGGCCGACCCCUUUUCUGUAAUGUAGGUUGUGGCUCUAAGUGUCCUGGGUUUUUGGGCUGCAGGGAAGGGAUCUGUGUGGGGAGUUCAGUUGGAGCGUGUCCAGGUCUCAGGCAACAUGGUGUCAUUGGAAUGCCUACCCCAGACAUCCCCUCAGCAUGGGUGGUUUCCAGGGAGCCAGUGGACUGUUGGCUCUGCCCCUGUCCUGCCAUCCCAUAAAGCUGUUCCCUGGUUCCCUGUCCCCUUAGUUCCAGCUUCUUGUUACCCUCUUUGGCAGCCCCACCCUGUUCCCCCUUUAACCUACACUCAGCCUGGGAUGGGGGGACAAGGGGCUUAGGUCCUCAGCAAACCCCUUCCUAUUCUAUAGUAAAGGGUGCGUUCCAUGCCUGACCAUUUCUGGCUUCCUUCAGGUUCUCCCCUUUUGCUUCGUAAUCAAACCUGGCUCUUGCUUCGCCUUUUCAAAACUUUGAUGAGGGCCUGGUUUGGAAGUCAAAGACGGGCCCUGGAUGGUUUUCCUCUUUGCCUUCCCGCUCCAAUGGCCCGAAUUCACCUCUAUGCAAUGUGGGUACCCCGGAUUGACUAAGAUUCCAUAUAAGGCAGUGCAGAAAAGCAAGGCACGAAAACUAACAUCUCGAGGUAGGGUUUUCUUCCCUAACAGUUAUUGAAUGCUUGCAAGGAAGCAGGCGCUGAGCUAAGUGCUUUACAUGCUUUAUCUAUUUAAUCUUCCCAAGAGCCUGCAAGAAGGAGUACCACUGUUCUCAUUUAAUACCAGACAUCCUGGCUCAGAGAGGUGAAGUCACUUUUCUUUUGUCACACAGGUGGAGAAUUGGUAAGGGCGGGACCACAAAGGAAUGCUCAGGAGUUUAGGU